GGUGCAGAGUGGCGGCGGAGGGUGCUAGGUGCACCAGCUCUGGAGUGCGUCUCCUCGGGCUGCCAAGCUGCCCAACCUGGGCACAGGACUCUGUACCACCCGCCCUGCCUUUGAUUUGCAGAGGUCCCAGAACUCAUCUCCCUUCUUCCUGUGGACUCGCUGGUGGUCCCUCUGUCAGGUGCAGGGGCCAGGCUGGCCAGGCAGCCAUGACUGAUGAGAAGACCUUCCGCAUCGGCUUCAUCGUGCUGGGGCUCUUCCUGCUGUCCCUUGGCACGUUCCUCAUGAGCCACGAUCGGCCCCAGGUCUACGGCACCUUCUAUGCCAUGGGCAGUGUCAUGGUGAUCGGGGGUGUCAUUUGGAGCCUGUGCCAGUGCUACCCCAAGGUCGCUUUUGUGCCCGCUGACUCUGACUUCCAAGGUAUCUUGUCCCCAAAGGCCCUGCUGGAGAAUGGACUUGCCACAGAAAUGAACAGCCCCCAGACCCCCUAUGCCAGGCUGUGGGAGGAGGCCGCCUAUGAUCAGAGCCUGCCCGACUUCAGCCACAUGGGCUACAGGGCUGACUCCCGCCCACUACUGGCCCCUGAGGUGGAGCUGAGGACCAGGGAUGGAGGAGAAGGUGGCCCUUGCCAGGCUCAGGCCUGGGUGGAGGCAGCCGUGGUCGUCCACAGGGCCUUGGAGGACAGUGAGGGAAAAUGGACUCAGAGCAGCCCCAGCCCACCGGCCUAUCCCCAGGGACCUGCACCCCUGGCCUCCUUCCAAGAUGACCUGGAUGUGGACUUGAGCGAUGGCAGCAGCCCCAACCCAUCUCUGUCUGACAGAGAGGUGCCCCAGCCUUCGCAGAAAGAACCCAAGGCCGACAGGAGCACGCUGGAUCGCUUCCAUGAUUUUGCUCUGAUUGAUGAUGCCCCUACUUUGGAGGAUGCACCCCGAGAGGGGCAGAGGCAGGAAGCAGUCCUGCUCAACAGCUGGCAGCAGCACCUAAGGAGGAAAGAGGAGGAGGAGGCCUCGGACACAGGCCUGGAGGAACCUGAGGAGGAAGAGGAGGACCUGUAUUAUGGACUGCCUGAGAGCCCUGGUGACUCCCUUCCAGACAAGGAUCUAAGCUUUGAGCCUGACACCCAAGGCUGGGAUGGAACUGCUCCCUAGUUCCAAGCUGGGACCAUUGCUAACCCCCUUUGAACUCACUGGGCCUCAGUUUCUGCCAAAGGGGACUAUGUGAAGGGUCAAACCAAGUGGAGGACCCAAGGGCUUCUCAGGGGCUCUAAGGGAACCUUGGAGAGGGCUCGUUGCUGUCUGGACCAUCGCUUGUUUUCUCUGCCAAACAUUUGAAGGCAGAGCUUGUUGUGUUGAAUAUUUAUGGAAGCCAGGUCCUCAAAAGCCUUUCCCAUCCCCCAAAGCUGGCCUCAUGGUGCUCUCUGUGCCCAGAUCCUCGCCGCCAGCUCCUGGUGCCUGCUCAAUGGAGUAGUCCAUUUUCACCAGGACUGCCCCUGUCUCCCCCAGCCCAGGCCUCCUGCUGCUCUCACCCCAGCAUCCAUAGCCUUGUGUGGCUGGCCCUGCCAACCCCAGCCCUGGCAGCCCCUCCACCCCCAGCCCCAUCUUGCAACCCAGACCCUUGCCCAAGCUCGUCUUGCCCAGG